AUGCGGAGCAUAUCAUCGAUAGCGGCCAUCAUCACGGCCAUUCUUGCCGUCGGGCAUGCUGUAAGUACUCCUCCAGCGAUUGUGUCUUUGCCCGGCCAGACGUCCAAGAUUCCCGGAUGGAGUCUGCAAUCGGUACUUCACGCAUCGAAUGAUUUCGCAGGGCUUUCACAACCUGGUGCUAGUGUAGCCAACUGGUAUCGAGUGGGUCCUCGCACAACAGUGAUGGCCGGACUCAUUGAGAGUGGCGUAUACAGUGACAGCAACCUGUGGUUUUCGGAUAACCUCAACGAGGUUGUCGACCGUUCAGUUUUCAAUACCCCAUGGAUCUACCGUGAAGAGUUUACAGUUGAGCCCUCAGCAGGGCAGCACUAUUUCCUCGUGACCCAUGGAAUAACCUCCAAGGCCGACAUUUGGCUCAAUGGCAAAAAGCUGGUCGAUAAGGAUUUUCAAGAGGGUUCCUAUGGAGGCCACAAGUACGAAGUCACCCCAUACCUACAGUCUGGUGUAAACGCACUUCUCAUUCAGGCAUUUGAGACAAACUACUUGCUAGAUUCGGCUAUGGGCUUUGUUGACUGGAACCCAUACUCUCCUGAUAACGGAACUGGAGUGUGGCGUGAUGUUGAGAUAUCUCAGACGGGACCUGUUUCUCUUGCACCAAUCCGAUUUAUACACGACUGGACACCGGGAAAGACAUCGACAAAGGUUACCAUUAAAGUGAAUGCGACCAAUCUCGAGAGCCAUUCUAUCAAUGGAACACUUACCGGCAAGAUCGUACUCGGAAGCCAGCAACUAGCCCUCACAAAGCCUUUCACCCUCGCGGAGCAUGAAGAAAAAACUGUUUCAAUAACUGGAGAACUUCAAGAUCCACAAAUCUGGUGGCCAUGGCUUUGGGGUGAUCAGCCUUUGUACAACGUCACAGUAACAGCUCUUGUGAAGAAUGAAAUUUCAGACAUUGCCGAGCCACGCCGUGUGGGCAUCCGCUACGUUGAGUCUGGACUCAACGACCAUGGUGACCGUACGUUUAGCAUCAAUGGCCUUCGUUUCCUUCCACUCGGAGGAGGUUAUAGUCCAGAUAUGUUCAUGCGUUGGGACACAGAAUAUGUGCGAAAAAAAUUCGAGUUAAUGAUCGAUAUGGGAAUGAACACUGUGCGACUUGAAGGCAAACAAGAACACCCGGAACUGUUUGAACUAGCAGAUGAAAUGGGCCUCAUGAUCAUGCCUGGGUGGGAGUGUUGUGACUGGUGGGAGGGAUGGACUUACAACACAGAUGUCCCGGAGUAUGUCCGGUUCACCGAUCAUGAUUAUUGGGUCGCAAAUUAUUCAAUGCUUCAUGAAGCUUCCAUGAUGCAGACCCAUCCUAGUGUCCUUGCAUUUCUGGUGGGGUCAGACUACUGGCCUAAUGACAGAGCUGCAUCAAUAUACUUAGACGCUUUGAAGUCUUGGGAUUGGCCGAACCCUAUCAUAGCAUCGGCUGGUGAGUUAGGGUUUCCAGAUGCUCUAGGAUCCUCAGGGAUGAAGAUGGAUGGACCCUAUGAUUAUGUUCCACCUAAUUAUUGGUAUGGAGGUCAAGUGGGAGCGGCCUUUGGCUUUGGAUCAGAAGAAGGACCUGGCGUUGGCACUCCAGAAAUUCGCAGCCUAAAAAAGUUUCUGUCGGAAGGCGAUUUGAACGAUCUAUGGACACAGCCCGACAAAGGUUUGUUUCACAUGUCUAGUAAUGUUUCGUCGUUUUAUAAUCGAUCGAUAUAUAACGAUGCUUUGUGGAAUCGAUACGGCCCCCCAAAAAAUCUGGAAGAUUACCUCCUCAAGGCCCAGAUAAUGGAUUAUGAAGCAACUCGCGCCGAAUUCGAAGGAUUUACAUCGCUUCAGGAUGCUUCCCGACCUUCAACCGGAGUGAUCUAUUGGAUGAUGAAUAGUGCCUGGCCAAAUCUCCACUGGCAAUUUUUCGAUUACUAUCUGAACCCUGCUGGUUCGUAUUUUGGAUCCAAAGUUGGAGCCCGCCCAGAGCACAUUUCUUUCAGUUAUGACAAUGGCACCGUUCAUCUCAUCAACCGGCUGAACUUUCUCGAACAUGGAGAAAGCGGCUCCCGCUGGGUGACUAUUGAUCUCAUUGAUACAGCUGCAAUCAGCAAAAUCAAGGACGUGGGAUUCUUGCGUCUUAUACUGUCGUCUGACUCCAAAACUGAAGUGGUGCAGAGUCGAAAUGUAUACUGGCUUGCAUCUCAGAAUGAUGUACUAAAUUGGGACGACUCAAACUGGUUCUAUACUCCUAUUUCUACAUACGCCGAUUAUUCUUCCUUGCAGAAUCUGCCUGAAGCCAAUGUUGUGACGACUGUGAAACAAAACUCCUCGAGUGGAUCAACGACGACACUCCAAGUGCACCUAGAGAACAAGUCUACCGAUACUCCAGUGUUCUUUAUCCGACUGGUUCUUAUUGACUCAAACACGAACGACAGCAUCAACCCUCCCUUUUGGUCAGACAACUAUGUAACUCUGUUUCCACAAGAGUCUCUUGACCUGACAGUAACAUUCAACUCGUCGCUAGCUGCUAACCCGGCCGUUGAAGUGUCAGGUGGCAACAUUGAACAGCGUGUCAUCACCGUUUGA